AUGAAGGUCGCCGAGAUAUUGUCGGAUCUCACGUCUUUGCGCGUGUGUGAUCAUCAUGCUGCUUUCGCUUUGUUGAAUGCCCACCAGGUGACCCUUAACACUUCCUCGCCAUCCCACUCGGACCCGACCGCCACGGAUGCGAUUACAUCCAAGAAGAACAAGGACCUUCAACGAGCAAAAGAACUGGUGGAGCUUCAUUAUGAGGUCAAAGCGCGGCAUGUCAAUGGCCAAGUCGAUACUGCUCUUCAGCAGGCGCGCUCCGAUGUCGAACAAGUCCUCAGGGAACUUUCAUAA